AUGCUGUAUUCCGAGAAGCCCUACCAGUUGCCUCCCGGUUACAAGGUCGGAAGUCGCCGUGUUUACCACAGCACCGAAAGGGAGCCUAGUCGAAUUUCAGGGACUGUUCUCACAAAAUUCGACCACUUCCUUAUAGCAGUGCUACUUCUGGCUUCAGUGCUAGUUAGACUAUAUAAGCUACCAUUUCCUACGAGGGUGGUCUUCGACGAAGUUCAUUUUGGAGGCUUUGCUAAGGAUUAUUUUGCGGGCGAAUUCUUUUUAGAUGUCCAUCCACCGCUCGUCAAGCUCAUCUACUAUUGGAUCGCUGUUCUUUUCGGCUGGAAUGGCCAGUUCACGUUUGAAGAAAUUGGAAACUUAUAUGAUAAAGAUGUCCCAUAUGUUAUCAUGAGGUUAUUUCCGGCCUUGUGUGGCAUUUUCACUGUCGUAUUGACGUUUUUGACACUUCGCUUGACCAAUUGCAGAUCUUUUGUGGCCCUUUUUGGAGCGUUUUUGGUUCUUAUCGAGAAUUCUCUUGUAACACAGUCCAGAUUCAUCUUGCUUGACAGUCCGCUUUUGUUUUUUAUGUCUAUUUCGAUCUACGGACUCAUGAAGCAAAGAGUGUGCCAGCCAUUCACUAAGCAAUGGUUCAAAAGCUUGCUAUUAGCAGGUAUGGGUCUUGGAAUGACAGUUUCCACAAAACUCACAGGACUUUACACUAUCGCCUGGGUGGGCUUAUUGACGAUUGUUGAACUCUGGGAUUACUUGGGCGACUUAAACGUAACAAUGAGACAAUGGUAUACCCAUUUUGCAGCUCGGUUUGUAGCCCUUGUGUGCGUUCCUGUGACUAUCUACCUUUCUGUAUUCUACCUUCAUUUCCUCAGCUUGCCAUUCAACGGCAGUGGCUCCGGAGCCAUGAGCCCAAUCUUCAAAUCAACAUUGCUUGAUUCGGAUUUCCUUACCAACGAACCAGUGGAAGUAUCCUACGGAAGCACGGUGACUAUAAAACACAACAACUUGGAAGAAUACCUUCAUUCACACGAUCACAAUUAUCCUGGAGGGAGCCAGGAACAACAGGUUUCUCUCUAUGGGUUCAGUCCUGAUGAAAAUAACGAGUGGAUCAUCGAAACGAAGAACAAGGCAAGAGAAGGACAAUUGCAAAAGAAUUUCAAAGCAGUUCUUGAUGGCGAUACUAUCCGAUUAUUCCACAAACAAACAGGAAAAUAUUUACAUGUAAACGAUAUCAGACCUCCGAUUUCUGAGCACGACUACUCCAAUGAAGUGUCUUGUAGUGGUUCUAGAGAACUUCUUGGUGACAUCAACUACGAGUUCAAGGUCCGGAUCAUGAACAAGAAGCCCCAUUCACAGAACAAUUUGCCUAUGAUCAAGUUAAGAGCUACGGAAUCGAUUUUCCAAUUAGUUCACCAUGGAACCAAGUGUGUGAUGAUGAGCCAUCUGGACAAACUUCCCAAUUGGGGCUUUGAACAGAACGAAGUUUUGUGUGUUGAUGAGCCUACAAUUCCUAACACUUUGUGGUACAUUGAAGAGAACUCACAUCCUGUUCUCGACAACAGCACCGUUCACCCAAGAGUACAUUUCACCCCAUUUGGAUUUUUCAGCAAGCUCUGGGAGUAUCUGAAAGCGAUGGUCAGAAUCAACAGCACAUUUAAGUCGGAACAUGUGUAUUCUUCUCGUCCUGAGUCUUGGCCCUUUGUCAUGAGAGGAAUCAGCUUUUACAGCAACGAGAAUGAGAAUAAGUUAACAGACGAACAAGGUAGCCAUGUAUAUUUGUUGGGCAACAUGGCCAUCUACUGGAUCGGAUUCUUUAUCAUCACAUUAGGAAUGGCAAAGCUCUUUUUCUACUACUUGAAGCAUUUAAACCCAUUCGUCAUAACCGGAGAAACACUCAGUUCUAGUGUGUUUUACCAGUUUUGCUUUGAGUUUAUCCUCGGAUGGCUCCUACACUACUUCCCAGCAUUCUACAUGAAGAGACAACUCUUUAUGCAUCAUUAUCUUCCAGCACUUUACUUUUCGAUUCUUUUGAUUGCACAGUUUAUAGAAUACCAGAUUUCGAAGAGACGCUUAACUGGAUACUUACUCAUGGUUGCAACAGCUGCAAUGGCAGGUUACUGCUUUUGGGCAUUUGUACCAAUCAUAUACGGCACUGAUUGGACACGAGCUCAGUGCAACCACGCAAAAUGGUUUUCGUCCUGGGACUUUGAUUGCAUGACAUAUACUAAAUAG